AAACAUAAACGGGAGAAACAAAACAAACUGAAAAAAGGGAAAAGUGAAAGUGGGCCAUUUUCAUUCGAAUUUCAACGAUUCAGGGAUAUCAUUAAUUUGAGUAUUAAAACCCUGAAACAUUCGAAGUGUUUUUAUUAUUUUUCUAAGCGUGCUAUUUCUUCAAUUCUAGUAAAAUUCGAAUCUUGUUUCCUUUUCUCGAAUAUCUCGGAACAUAAACAAUGGAGUGUCGUGGAAGGGGAAAACUCGUGGUCAUGCUGCGUCGCUGACCGUUGACGAAACUCUCUCUACACGUGUUAUACUCUUUUAUCGAGGACAAUUUGGAGGAGAAAAAUUAUCCGACGAGGGAGCAGUAUGUCGCGAGAAAAAAAUUAGCUGAAAAGUAUCGUAAAUAUUUUACGGAUUUUGACGUCAAGAAGUUUUUAAUAGAAUUUCCGGAUCCGUUUACAAUUUUUGAAGGAGAACAAAGAAAGUGUGUAGAAGACAAAACAGUCUUCGAAUUGUUAUGUGAUACGUUUGCAAAUCUUGAGGUAAGCGUUAUCUCCAACGAUUAUAGAAACUCAAAUUUCAAUCCGAGCUUAAGUUUUAACAAACUAUUAGAGAGGAAAGGCGUUUCUAAAAGAGCGUUUUCAAGUGAACAGUUUAAAAAACUGGACACAUACAUGCCGGAAUUUGCUUUCCUUUUUAACAGGGAAAACGUUAAACAAUAUCUCGAAAAAAUGCAAAAAGAGGAAAAGGAGGCUCUUCAAAAAUGCAAGGUCUUACGCUGCGAAACCUGCUUUAAUGAUUGUAUCCCAGAAAAAUGCUCUACCUGUGGGAGUGGACACAUUUUUUGUAACGAUUGCAUAUUAUACGGAACAGAAUGCAGCAUUGCUGAUGCGAAAUACUCCAUCAAAUGCUUCAAAGAUUGUGUUUCUUUUUUUAAUUUGAAUACCCUUGAAAAAAUUUUAACCCCGGAUCUUUAUAGCACCUUAGUAAGAAAGCAACAGGAGGAAGAAUUGGCAAAUGCCAAUAUUGGGAAUUUGGAAAGUUGUCCCUUCUGUGAUUACAAAUUAGUGGUGAACGAAGGAGACAAGAUUUUUACUUGCAUGCAUGAAGAUUGCAAGAAAGAAUCAUGCAGACGAUGCAAAAAAGCAAAUCAUCUUCCCUACGAAUGUGCGGAUGUUUUCGAAGCAAAAAAUGCGAGAUUAUAUCUCGAAGAAAAAAUGACAAAAGCACUUGUGAGAACUUGCUACAGUUGCAAGAAAGAGUUUGUCAAAGAAACAGGGUGCAAUCGUAUGAGCUGUUUUUGCGGAGCAGUCAUGUGUUAUCUUUGUGAUAAAGCAGUGCCAGCAAACGAUUACACGCAUUUUAAUGGACAAGGUUCAAGCCGCUUCGAUCUGUGUCCCUUGUACGUCGAUGAUGCUCGCCAGGAAGCCGAGGCAGUGAUAGAAGUGGCGAAAAUAACAAAACGGGAAUUGGAAAAGAAAAUUCCGGAUCUGAAUUUGGAUCUUAACCAAUUGCUGCCAAUUUUACCGCCAAAGACGUCUGGACCCCACGAACAAGUCCCGAAUUCUAAUCAAAUUCCGGAACACGCAAGAAGAGUGGCAAAAGCCAUUCCACCCUAAAUAAACAGUGUAUUAAUUUUAAUAUUCGAUUAAUUAUUAUUAAAUAUAAUUAAUAAUUAAUAAUCUUUCUUUAUUAUUAAACUUUUGCUUAAAUUUUAAGCACAGAAUGGUAUUAUUAGUUUCUAAUAUGAUGUUUCGUUUAAAAAAUAUAUCUAAUUUUAUAAUAACUAGAUAUUGUGAGACAGAUUUAAGAUUAUUUUGUUCUACGUCAAUGUGAUUGAGACGUAGUGUGAAGGUUCAAAUUUAAACUUUCUAUAUUUCGUUCCUAGUUCCGUAAAAGUAGACUUUAAAUCGUUUUUGUGUCCUUCGAAUCAUUUAUGUUUAAUCUGCAUCAUUCGCCGUAAUUCAGAUAAAUUAUAUUUACGUUGAAAGAGGGACUUUUCCGGGUAGUUAUAAGACUUUAGGAUACUCGAAACUUGAUAAUAUUGUUACUUUUCUACUGCUGUGAAUAGUUUGAAUAAAAGUCUUUUC